UUCAUAAACUCCACUCUCGGCUUGCCGCGUUUAAUUGCUCUCACUCACCCUCCCCCGUCGCCCUAUCGCCGGGGACUCGCAAAACGAGCUUCUCCUCACUCGUCUUCGUUUUUCUUCUUCUACAUCUCAGCUCUCUCUAUUUCAUCAUCCUAUUAAAUGGAUAACGAUGUGAAGCAAGAGAAUCUACAAACUCCUACUCCUCCUCCUCCUCCAGCUGGCAUUCCGGGAGAAGAAACCGUAACUCUAGUGGAUCUAUGCAGCAGCGACGACUCCGACUUGGAGCAAGAUGUGGAACGAAGGUAUAACAAUUCUGGUAACCCCGCCAAGAGACCACGAGAUACAACAUCUGGAGGUUCAGACAUGAACGAUGAUGAUGUGAUGAAGAAGAAGCCAAUAGUUGAUGAUGAGCUAAAAGUCGUACUCGGCCAGUCAACCCCUCCGCCACAUGGUGUGACGCAUACUAUUCCGGCGGAUCCCUUCACCUCCUCUAUGCAGCCUCCUCCACCGCCGCCGUCGUCGUCCGGUAGAGUUGGCAGUUGUAAGCAGUUUUGGAAAGCUGGAGACUAUGAAGGAGCGCCUGGUGGUAAUUGGGAUCUUUCUUCAGGUGGUUUUGAUCAUGUAAGAGUCCAUCCCAAGUUCUUACAUUCUAAUGCUACCAGUCACAAAUGGGCUCUUGGAGCAUUUGCAGAGCUUUUGGACAAUGCUUUGGAUGAGGUUGCUAGUGGAGCUACUUAUGUUAACGUAGACAUGCUCGAGGACAAGACAGAAGGAAAUAGAAUGUUAUUAAUUGAAGAUAAUGGAGGUGGGAUGGAUCCUGAGAAAAUGAGACAAUGCAUGUCUCUAGGAUACUCUGCCAAAAGCAAACUUGCAAACACCAUUGGACAAUAUGGCAAUGGUUUUAAGACUAGUACCAUGAGACUUGGAGCUGAUGUCAUUGUCUUCUCCCGCUGCCCUGGAAAAAAUGGAAAGAGCUCUACGCAGAGCAUAGGGCUCCUAUCAUAUACGUUUCUGAGGAGCACAGGAAAGGAGGACAUCGUUGUACCUAUGCUUGACUACGAAAGAAGAGACACUGAAUGGAACAAAAUAGUUCGGUCUUCCCUUAGUGAUUGGGAUAAGAAUGUGAAAACAAUCAUUCAAUGGUCUCCAUUCUCUAGUGAAGAAGAUCUUCUUCGUCAGUUUGCUCUAAUGAACGAUCAUGGCACACGGAUAAUCAUAUAUAACCUGUGGGAAGAUGACCAAGGGAUGUUAGAGCUUGAUUUUGAUGCCGAUCCACAUGAUAUCCAACUUAGAGGUGUCAAUCGAGAUGAGAAAAACAUCAAAAUGGCUGCUCAGUUUCCUAAUUCUAGACACUUUCUAACCUACAAACACUCACUAAGGAGUUAUGCAUCAAUCCUCUACCUAAGAAUCCCACCUAGUUUUCGUAUCAUCCUACGAGGAAGUGAUGUUGAGCACCACAACGUAGUGAAUGAUAUGAUGCAGACUGAGCAGAUCACGUAUCGACCUCAGUAUGGUGCCGAUUCAUAUGUUACGGAUUCAAACAUGUCUGCCGUAGUAGUUCUCGGAUUCGUGAAGGACGCAAAGCAUCAUGUUGAUGUCCAAGGCUUUAACGUCUACCACAAAAAUCGGCUCAUCAAGCCAUUUUGGAGGAUAUGGAAUGCAACAGGGAGUGAUGGUCGUGGAGUCAUAGGUGUCCUGGAAGCUAAUUUUGUUGAGCCUGCACAUGAUAAGCAAGGGUUUGAGCGUACAACAGUUCUCUCUAGGCUCGAAACACGGCUAAUUCAGAUGCAGAAAAUAUAUUGGAACACCAACUGUCACAAAAUUGGCUAUGCUCCAAGGCGAAACAAAAACGAGCAUGGUCACAGAGACAGAUCACCCGAAAAUGAUCCUGAAGGAUAUGCUCCAUCGGGCAUCAAGUCUCGAGCUUCUGACAAGUUCUACUCAAGUUCAUAUCAGAAUCAUAGAGGGGACAAUGGUGUGUCAGGGAAAGAUAGUUCAAUGUAUCUGCAAGAGGAGCUGCGACGUGAGAGAGAGCGCAGCAAGACACUUGAAGCUGAGGUUGAAUUAGCAAGGCAAAAAAUAGAAGAAAUGAGCAAAGAGCGAGAGAAUCUAAUCGAAAUAUUCACAGAGGAAAGAGACAGACGUGAUGUAGAGGAGGAAAGUCUGAGAAAUAAGCUAGAGGAGGCAUCAAACACAAUCGAAGAGUUGUUGAAUAAGAUUAAAAUGCUGGAGGGAUCUAAAGGCCCGAGCUGGAGACGUUAGGCAUUGAACUUUUAUAUUACUGGAAGUUACAAAUUAUCAAAAAAAAUGUAUCUCUAUUUGAUUAAUGGCUCGACCUGCAUUAGGGGGUUGAAUGCAUGUUGUAGAUUAGUGUAAGUGUUUGGCCUUCGAUUUUUUUCUUUUCAUUUUUACAAACUGGCGAAUUUCUAGCUGUAGCAUAAGCCAGUUGUCAUGUCUGUAACAUUAGUGAUUUCCAUGUAAAAAAACAACCAGAAUGAGUAAUAAUUUGUGCUGACUUGCUAGAAUCCACGAUGAUAUAUUUAUUUCCAUACCAUUACUGUAUAAGAAUUUAUGUUUGUUUGA